AACUUCGACGCGAUCCCGUAUCAUGACUGCGGAGUGGCAAUCGUGUCCCCCUAUGCGUACGUCCUGUUCUAUGCAGCUGCCCUCCGCGCAAAGCGUCGACAAAGCAACCAAAAUGGUGGCUGCGGCUCUCGGGAAUACUGCAGCUUCAGCGGGUUCAGAAGGUGGAGCUACAACGGGUGCAGGUGGAGGGAACACGAUGAACAAUACAACUCCUCACAAAAAGACGGACAAGAACUACAUCACUGGAAUAUCAACAUCCACAUCAACUUCGAGUCUUCCGAAUGAUCCCAACAUUGGAGGUGGUGCUCUUGGAGGAGCUAAUCGUGGUGCAGACGUCUACGGCUCCAGUGUCC